AUGGCCACGGUGUACGUCUGCCCGUCCCCAGAGCCGGCUGCCGGGUACCGAGGCAGGCCCUGCCCCGAGCUAACCCUCCUGUCUGCUGCCCCACAGCUGCCUGUCGUGUCGGUGGUGAGAGACGCUGAGGCCCAGCUCCUGCCUGAUGUAGGGGCCGUGGUGACAUGCAAGGUUUGCAGCAUUAACUCCCGUUUUGCCAAGGUGCACAUCCUGUAUGUUGGCUCCACACCACUGAAGUCCACCUUCCGGGGGACCAUACGGAGAGAAGAUAUUCGAGCCACGGAGAAAGAUAAGGUAGAAGUGUACAAGAGUUUCCGGCCCGGUGACAUAGUCCUGGCCAAAGUUAUCUCGCUGGGGGAUGCGCAGUCCAACUACCUGCUGAGCACGGCAGAGAACGAGCUGGGGGUGGUGGUGGCACGCAGCGAGGCAGGGGUGCAGAUGGUCCCCAUCAGCUGGUGCGAGAUGCAGUGCCCACGGACGCACACCAAGGACUUCCGUAAGGUGGCCCGCGUGCAGCCCCAGUUCCUGCAGACCUAG